AUGGAUAUCUUACUGUUGGGAAUUACUCCCAAUUCAUCGCGAUCCAAUAAGGUUCUUCGAAUCAUCAACAAUAACAAUCGUGUUUCAAUUGCAAUCAAGAGCCAGUUUGAGCGAUUAAACUCAUUUACAAAGACAUUCUUGGCAACUCAAUACCAACAACAACAGCAACAACAACAAAAAGAAGAGCAUGGGCUAAAUAUACAGUCUGCACCUCACGAGUCGUUACAACCAAUGGAAAAUGAGAGGUUACAAGAUGCUUUUAAGGACUUGUAUUUUUUACUUGACAUCGAAAAUUUUAAUUUUGAAAAAGUCUCAGAUAUAGGUUUAGAUAAGCUUGCUCCCAUUUAUGCAAAGCUCAACGGGGUCAAAGCCCAGAAUCAAAAUGACGAAACAACACUCAAAUUGGUUAAUGAAUAUCUUGUGCUUAUACUCAGUUUGAACUUGUCCAAUUCACUUAUUUACAAGACGUUAGUUUUGAAAAACCAGCAAGUUUACUGGGAGACGAUCCACAAUUCUACAGUAAAUAAGCUCAUUUAUUUUAUUCAAACUUGCCCAGUCAAGUUGUAUAAAUUUGUUGAAACGAUUGUUGUUAAAGCAAACCGCAUUAUAUCCUCCAAUUUUCAUCUGGCCUCAGAGAUUGAAGCUGGAGCAGUUGUUGAAAAUGUAAGCAACUGGAAGAAAUUUAAGCGAUUUGCCAUAGCCAUUGCCAGGUCGAUUGUACAAACUGCCGAAACUCUUUUUAUUGAAGACAAUCCAGCAAUUACCCUUUUGUCCAAGUCAAAUACCUCACGGUUGUCUUCCUUUAAAUGGUAUAUCACAUCCAUAGUCAAGUCACCUAUAACAAUUACCAAUAAGGAAAUCAAGUCCAAAAUAAGGGAGAUAAAAUCUGAAAUAAGAAUCAACACGCAACACAUUGACCAGUUUAUCAAAGCGGAUGCCACAAACUUGUUACCAACUUUAGUGAAGGUGCUCGAUUUUGGAAACAGUACUGAAAGUGGCACAUUACCGGCCUCAAAGAACCCUAUUUUGCAAGCCACAUCUGCACUCGAGAGAUUUAAUGACAAACAAUAUACGUCUACUUCCAAACCUUCAUUUAUUACACGGUAUUGGCCAAUUAUUAUUCUCGUCCUAUUUUAUGCGCCAUCUCAGACACGUAACAUCUACAACAACCGAGAAGAAAUUGUUUAUUGGAUCAAAUACAACGGAAUCGAGCCCAUCAAGGGUUUUUUUGUCAAUUGGGUUGUGGGCCCAAUCAAUGAAAUGCUAAACAUCCUCCGUAGCGAUAGUGGGAUGACAAUUACUUCACGGGAUUCUCUUCAAUCUGAUGUGGACUCCUUGGAGAAGAUGAUAUGGGAAUUUGCUCAAGAUAACAAUAUCGAAACUACACCCACGGCAGUUUCGUCAGACGUAAGGAAUGGAGAUUUAAAACUCGUAAUGUCGCGUUACGAACAGGAAAUUAGACAACCAAUCAAAUAUAUCAUUUCUGGAUCGUUGUUACGUUUAAUUUUGAUACAAGUUCAAAAAGGCAAAGUUGAUGGUGCAGUUGCAAUCACGGGUAUAGAUAAGUUACUCAAGAGUCAACAAUUGCUUUUUGGAUUAGUAUCAAUGAGCCCCUCUAUCAUCAUCUUGUACCAAGUGUAUAGAUACUUGACAAGUGCGAAGCCCAUCAUGGUCAAUGGCAAACAGUUAAAUAUUGUUUGUUUAAAAAGCUUGAACAGUAUAGAAAAUUUGUUAAUCAUGCUUCAAAACAACCAACUGAAAAAAUCUAAAGUGGACAAGGAAGCUAAAGAGGAUGUGUAUGAGGGUGAGCUUUUGAUUGAGAUUAUCAACUUGAUCAUUUCUGCCGAGCCUAUUAUCCCUAAACAACUACACGCAGAUUGGAUCCAUGAUUUGAACGAAUUGAAUAACUCUUCAUUUGAUUUGGAAACCAAAUUGUAUUUGGUAAAUCGCGCUUGGAACAUGUAUGGUUCGUAUUUUAAGUAG